AUGUCAGACCGAAAAGUCACUGCAUCUAUGAAACCUCCUAAUUCCUCGUCUGGUUCCUCUUCUGGCUGCCCUGAAUCACAAAAUAUCCCUCCAGGCAGCUCAGAUCACCUCUCCGACAAAGCACCAGCUCAAGAGAUAUCUCAAUCUGCACCCCCGGACCCGAAGCCACCCUAUACGGCUUUUUCUGCUCCCCGCCAAGGAUUCCUCCUCGCUAUAAUUACAGUGGCCGGCGUAUUUGGUCCUCUUGCAGGAAAUAUCUACUUGCCUGCGUUACCUGUACUAAAGAAGGCAUUUCACAAAACUGAAACUGAGAUAAAUUUCACAGUGACUGUUUUCAUGCUAGUUUUUGCGUUUGGCCCAUUGUUUUGGUCCAGUUUCGCGGAUUGGAAAGGACGCCGACCCCUCUACAUUAUUUCUAUAUUGAUCUAUAUCGCAUCCAAUAUCCUUCUCGCCACGGUCCCAGCAAACUACGGGGCUCUUAUCGUGCUCCGCAUGGUACAAGCUUUUGGCUCGUCGGCUGUUGUCUCUCUGGGAGCUGGGACUGUAGCCGAUAUUACGGAACCGAGUAAGCGGGCUCGAGCAAUGUCAUAUUUCCUAUUCGGUCCCCAAUGCGGUCCUAUUCUUGGUCCUUUGAUCGGCGGUGCCAUAGCUGACAAGGCAUGUUGGAGAUGGAUAUUUGGCUUCUUAGCUAUCUCCGGCGCAUGCCUUUGGGCUAUACUUCUUUUCGUUCUCCCAGAAACACUACGUGCACGCGUGGGGAACGGAAAGCUAUACGCCAGUUCCAGCUGGAUCCUCUUCCCUCCGCCCCUCUCCUCUUCACUUGUCCCAGAGUCUGAACGAGGCCCAUUACCCCCAAAGCCCGCACUGAAAGGAUAUUGGCGACUAUUUCGAUACCCGCCCAUCGGAAUCGCAUGCGUGAACACCGCGAUACUCUACUCAUCGUAUUUCUGUAUCGCGAUUCAGCUCCCAAACGCUUUGAAAAAUACCUAUCACUGGUCUACCAGUGCACUCGGUGCAGGAUAUGUCGUUGUAGGCCUUGCAAUGGUAAUUGGAUCCAUCUCAGGAGGCCAUUUUUCAGACUGGAGACGUAAACAAACAGUCAGGGCUGUCGGAGAAGAAAAUGUACAUCCCGAGUCACGAUUAAAUGAUCAGAUAUGGGGUUUGCUGUUAGCAGCAGCCGGACUUGUUAUGUUUGGAUUCUUCGUCGAGUACGCGAUCCAUCCUGCGGCAACUUUGAUCGCUACGUUCCUUGUUGGCUUUGGUAUGUCGUGGAUGUUUGUGGCUUCCAAUGCGUUUUUGACGUCUUGCGUUGCACAACAGGCCGCGGGGGCUUUCGCGUUGGGGAAUAUGUUGCGUAGUCCCGCCGCUGCUGUGGCUGCUGCUAUUAUUGCGCCUCUCGUUCAAAAAAUGGGCUGGGGUUACUGCUUUCUAGGGCUGGCUCUGCUGAAUCUCGUCGGAGUUGGAUCUAUGCUUGUCGUUCUACAAGCUCAGUCUCCGCGGUGGAGGAAGGAGCGAUCGGCCAACAUGGCGCAAACUGGACCACAGAAGGGACCAGCGAAGGUAUAA